GACCCCCGUAACGGGCGCAAGCUAGCAGUCAUUCUGCCGGGGGGGUCUGCUCGCUCGUUCUUUCCCCUUUCUACAGUUCCCAGAGGCGAAAGCGAGGGCGACGCCGCUUUUCGGGGCCGAUUCCGGCGGCCUCCUCCUUCUCCGGUGUCCUUUUCGGCGCCGGAGAAGGAGGAGGGCGGGGAAUCGACCGCCGGCUGUCCAUACUACCUAGGUAGCUUAUAGAUCUAGGGUAGGUAGGGUGCUCCGUCAUGUUCAUGGCGGCGCUUGUGGUGCCGGGAGCGGCGGGUGUGGAGCGGCUCCGGCGGCGAAUAAGCUCUGCCUCCGGUCUUGAGGAUGCUCCUUGCGUCUUCUCCGGGAGGGCAGCGUCUGCGAGGUUCGUUUGCCUCGCCUUUGCUUCUGCCGACGGAUUGACCUCGGUUUCUUCCUUCGAUUUUGCUCAACUGAAGGGGGCGACGUCGAUUCCGGUGUGGCUUGUGUUGUGCUUCAUCUCUGCGAAGGGAUGGGAGCUUCCUGUCUUCCCCAUAUGUGGGAUUUGGAUUCCGGCUGCUGGUCCUUUUGCCGGCGGUGGCGGAAAGCUGGUCCGGCUGUUCCUGCCGGAGAGGAUGCCGAUGUCCGUUCACCGGGAUAGAUGCGGCAUGGUGGAUCUGUGCCGUUGGCUUCUGCGGCUUCACAUGCGUGGGUCCUCUUCGACGAUGGCAGCUGGGCAAGGCGGUGGUCCGCGGCGAGCGGUGGCCAUGGUCGGUCGUCGUGGUGACCGGAGAACCUCCUGGAAGGCGUGCAGUUUUGCAAAGAAGUCCCCCGUGUACUUUUUUGCUUUUCUUUAUGGUUUCCAGGGUGUUGAUGAAAAUGGGGGUUGUACUGUUGAUCUUAAUUAAUGAAAUCCCCAUCCUUUCGCAAAAAAAAAAAAAAACGGGCGCAAGCUUCGCCUUCGAUGCCUCCGCCCGCGGCCGCGGUCGCCUCCCGCCACACCACCCCCUCCCUGCUGAAACUGCUGCGCCAGUGCCGCUCCAUCCAGCGCCUCAACCAGAUCCACGCCCUCCUCCUCGUCCACGGCUCGUUCUCGGCCGCCGCCGUCGCGUCUCAGCUCCUCGCCUCCUACUGCGCGCUCCCCGCAGCCGCCGGGCAUGCCGCGCUCCGCCACGCCCGCCGCCUGUUCGACGGAAUCCACGAACCGGACAGGUUCAUGUACAACACCGUCAUCAGAGCCUGCUGCGACGGCAGCUGCCCGCAAGAAGCGCUCCGCCUCCACCGCAGCAUGCUCGAGCGAGGGAUACUGCCCAACGAGUUCACCCUGCCGUUCGUUCUCAAGGCGUGCACGAGAGCGCGGGCGUGGGGCCACGCGCGGGCUGCCCAUGGCGUGGUUGUGAAGCUCGGCUUUGCGGGGCAGGUGUUUGUGGGGAACGCGCUUCUGCAUUUUUACGCUUCAGCUGGCUCUCUGGCAGACUCUAGGCGGUUCUUUGAUGAGAUGGUGGAGAGGAACGUUGUGUCAUGGAACUCGAUGAUCGGUGGAUACGCCCAGGAGGGGGACACUAGGGAGGCACGCGUCUUAUUUGGGGAGAUGAGGCGUCAAGGCUUUGUGGAAGAUGAGUUCACGUUGGUCAACCUGCUUCUCGCCUGCUCACAAGAGGGAAACCUUGAAUUUGGCCGGCUCUUGCAUUGUCAUAUGUUGGUUAGCGGAUCUCAGGUUGAUCUGAUUCUUGGAAAUGCUUUGGUGGACAUGUACGGUAAGUGUGGUGAUCUGUUGAUGGCUCUCAGAUGCUUUGAAAUGAUGCCCCUCAAGAAUGUCGUUUCAUGGACGUCCAUGCUUUGCGCUUGGGCAAAGCAUGGUUCAGUUGAUGCUGCAAGGGAUUGGUUUGACCAGAUGCCAGAGAGGAACAUAGUCUCGUGGAAUGCCAUGAUCUCUUGCUAUGUUCAAUGUGGCCAAUGCCGUGAAGCAUUGGAUCUUUAUAACAGUAUGCAAUCCCAGGGUGUUGCUCCAGAUGAGGUUACCUUGGUGGCUGUCCUCUCUGCUUGUGGACAAAUUGGUGACUUGACUUUUGGGAAGAUGAUGCACCUUUACAUUAGAGACAAAAUCAAUAAUCCUGAUGUCUCUCUAGUUAAUUCACUUGUGGACAUGUACGCAAAAUGUGGUCAGGUAGACACAGCAAUCAGCCUGUUCAGUAAAAUGUGUCAUAAAAACGUUGUUUCUUGGAAUGUAAUUAUUGGGGGUCUGGCAAUGCAUGGCCGUGCACUGGACAGCGUCAUGUUCUUCAGAUCAAUGGUAAGAGACUCCUUCUCGCCUGAUGAGAUCACUUUCGUGGCCCUUCUUUCUGCGUGCAGUCAUGGGGGUCUACUAGAAGCUGGGCAGCAUUACUUUGAAGCUAUGAGACAUGUUUACAGUGUUAAGUAUGAACUUGAACAUUAUGCUUGCAUGGUUGAUCUUCUUGGCCGUCGUGGCUAUCUUGAAAAGGCUGUUUGUCUAAUAAAAGAAAUGCCAAUGAAGCCUGAUGUUGUGGUCUGGGGCGCUUUGCUGGGAGCCUGCAGAAUUCAUGGGAGUGUCGAGAUUGGAAGGCAGGUGAUCAAGCAAUUACUUGAGUUGGAGGGCAUCAGCGGAGGUCUGCUUGUUCUAAUUUCAAACUUGCUAUACGAAACUCACCGGUGGGAAGACAUGAAAAGACUUAGGAAGCUAAUGAAAGAGUGGGGAGCCAGAAAGGAUAUGGGUAUUAGCUCAAUUGAAGUGAACAAUAGCAUCCAUGAAUUUGGAGUGGAAGAUAUUAGACAUGAAAGCUCAAGUGCGAUAUAUACAGCAGUUGAUCAUCUGUCAUGUCAUUUGAUUUCUCUGCAUGUGUUGCCUGUGGAUCUGGAAGAGCUAUGUGUGGUAGAGUGAAGCACUAUUUGGAAUUCUUUCCAGUAUCAGUUGUAAGCUCAUACUGUUGUGCUACUACGCUACAGAGUCAGGCACUAUACAAAAGCACAAAAUGAAGAUGAAUGUGGCUGGUGCAUUGCUUUACAAGAUAAUGCUCAUUGCCAAGCAGACGUCUGUUGAUGCCUGAAGAUGUCAUGGUUUGCUGGAAAGCCACUCAACCAACUCUACAGAUAGGUCGACUGGCCGUCUUACGCCCACAAAUUCAGUGGUCGCCAUCUCCUGUGACACUGAUGUUUCAACAAUAUCAUGAGAGACUAAAGCCUGCAACAAGAAUUCAGCAAAACGUUCACAGGGCAGCACUUUGAGUUGGCAGCAAGGUUGAUUGCACCACGGUAACAAAGCUUGAGACUCAUUGGGGGUGAGCAGACCAAAGGUAGCAACAAGCCAACAACCUUAACAAUUUCACACCUUUACACUGCAUGAGCCCAUCAAACUUUGUUCUGUGGAGAACACGAUCGGUUGGUUGAAUGAAACGGUUGCAAGGUGGGAUGGAUCCCGUGCCCACAUUAGCUAGUUCGUGAUGCCUGCCACAUGCUUCUCUUAAUGGUGCACCGAGCUGCAUACCUCAGUUAAGUAAGUGGGGGCCUGCAGUUUGCCGCUUGUCAGUUGUGCAUACCUCAGUUAAGUAAUUGUACUCCUACCAGAGAGCGCCCAUGGGCCAUCAACCACCAUCAUGCGUUGUGCUUUGGCAGUUAAGCGCCGAAAAGCUGCGAGUGGCUAUUGGCACAGCACAACGCAAAGCGCCAUUGGCCAUCGAGGGUUCGAGACGCACUCCAGGAUGGCCACAGCACAUGGCCACAUCACUUCGCUGAUCUGAAUCGGUAGCCUACUGGUUGGUACACGUUCAGAAAUAUGUGGUGCUGUUGCAAGUCGAUGGCUAGAUGAUUUGGUUCCGGCGAAUGGGAAUAUAGUGAUGCUUUGGGAGGUUGCUUUGCUCUUCUUUUUCUUUAUAGAAAUCAAGGAGCUGCUUUGUUUUUUAAAGGUUCUUGGAUAAAGCAUGUUCCGGGAGCUUUGCUUAUGAUGACUUGCAUUCUGUUUUAAUAAUUAAAAAAAGAAGAUCAAGCCUA